ACUCCUCGCUCCUCAGCAGCAGCUUCCUGCAGCAGUAAUGUGCAGAGUUAGCUCACGUUGUGUUCCAGCGUUUACUAUUUCACCAGCGAAUUUUUUAAAUUGUUAAUAAUUCCAAGUAGAUAUCCGAUGAUGUUAUAAAUUCUUUUUUGGGGGCUUUUACAAGACCGCCUCGAAUUACUGCCAUAAAGUUGCUCUAUAUUUCAUGCUCAAAGCUUCCUCCUCCUCUGUGUAGAGAUGGUGCUCUCCUUGGUCAGUCUUUGCGCCACGGAGGUGGUGAGGGACCACAGCUCGUCCCCCUGCUGGUUGAGGUGGGUGCCCAGGGAGCUGUACAGACCGCUGCUGGACGCCUCUUUCUCCGGCUGCAGGCCUCUGGCUGUGGGUGAGCUGGUGCAGAGGUGGCCUGAACGCACACUGCGUGUCGGCAGGAGCAGAAAACAAGGCCAGAUCCGACCAAACCGGCUCUGCGUGCAGGCCCUGCUGCUUGCAGUCGUGAGAGGAAUGUCAGACCAAAGGUGUGCCCUGCAAGUGCUGGAUCUCUGUGGACUGCAAGGAGAUGAAGGAGGGAUGGGAGACCCCAUGGGAGGCUGGUCUCUGACUGUGGCCCUCUGCACCAUGGUUGUUCAGGCCAGAGCUCGAGCACAGAGGGCACAGCGAGAGAGGAAGAGGUUCUCAGCUCUGGAGAGAGAGAUAGAUGUGAAAAGAGAGAGGGGAGAGUGGAAGAGGGAGAGGGAAACAAAUGGCGAUGUGGCAAGCCCGGGUAAUGAGGAGCUGGGUGGAAAUGACGGAGAGAGGAUGGAAUCAGGUGGGACUCUGGGUGAAGAAGAGCUGAUUAAAGGUGUCAGAAGGAGGAUGGAGGUAGAGAGGAAGAGAGAGACUGCAGUUAUAGGGUUAGGAGGGAGUAGAAAGGAGACGGAAGAAACAGAUGUAAACUGUGAUGUGUUGGUGCAUGUGAGAGCUGAUCUUUUUGUGAAUGCUCGCUCUUGGGAGCGUGUUCGCGGGGCUCUGAGCACAUCGGCGCCCCUCAAGCUCCAGUGCAGAUACCUACGUGUGGAGGAGAUUUCAGUGUCUAGUAUCAGGACCCUGCUUGGCCUCCUGCCCCGCCAGGGUCUCCUGGGCAUCGACGUUCGCUACAGCAGCCUCGGGGUGGCUGGCUUGGCUGAGCUGCUGCCUCUGCUCUCCACCUUCCCUGCACUGAACUCUCUCCGCCUGCACUACUGUAACUUGGAUUUUCGAAGAGACCAGCCUGGCCAGGACGAGGCUCUGAGGGACUUGUCUCAGGGUCUGACCCAGCUACAAGAACUGCGACGUCUCAGCCUCACUGCACUGCGCCUGCCUGGACAGCUUCGUGUGCUGCUUAGCUCCCUGCCUCAGCCUUUAGAGAUACUGGAGCUGCCGUAUUUGAGCCUGAGCCCAGCUGACCUCGCCUAUCUGUCCUGCAGCCAUCAUGCUUCCACACUGCAGCAGCUGGAUCUAAGUGAGAACCGUCUGGAUGAAAACACUCUGAACUCUGUUCGUCGCCUCCUCUCCCAGGCUUCCGCUGGCCUGCAGCACCUCACUUUAAGCGGCUGUGGCAUCACUGACGGCCUGCUGGGACUCUUGCUGCCCUCACUGGGAGGCUGCAGGGCCCUCAAGAGCUUGGCUUUGGCCCUGAACCCUCUCUCCAUUGCUGGCCUCAUGGACCUGGUGAGGAUGGCCGUGAGAAUGCCCUCUCUCCGUCAGUUACUGUACCCGAACCCCCUGGAGGACUACCAGCCGGGCCUUCCUGAGCUGCCCUCCAGUGCUCAGCUCUUGGACUGGCCUCUGGAUGAAGCCACAGACAUCAACAUUACCAGCGGUCAGCUCAACAGGGUUCGGAUAGAAAGCGGGCGCUCCGACCUCUUUCUGACGUGCGACCUGCUCAAUUAUGAUAAAGACUUAGUGGACUAGAGCAGAAGUGAAAGGAAGGACAAGGAUGCUUAUUAGUUUGCUUACCAACACAUACCAGAGCAAUGUACAUACACCUGACAAUCACAUUGUCAUUCAUAGUAAUUGUCCAGGUCUAUCUGUUUAUUUAGUUUUUUUAUAUUUUCUUUAUCCCCAUCUGUCUCUCAUAAGGGUAGCCACGGUUAAGGGUGAUGGUGGGGUUAAAGGGAAGACAUCGUGUCACCAAAGUAACAGGUUUGUUAUUGUUGUGAGAUGAGGUGUCGUCCUCGAGGGUUUAAAGAACGGGACAUUUUUUAUAUUUGUUUACAAGACAGAAGGUCAAAAACCUUAACUCCUUCAUGGAGACAGUAAUAAGCCUCAUGCUUCAAUGAAAGGAUGCUUUUUGUACCCCAAACUGCUUUAUAUUCAGGUUAACAGUAUAGUUUGAAUUACAACUUUCACUAGUACUUUAUUCAUACAAGGCAUUAAUUCAUAUUCAGUAUAUAUGCAGAUAAUACAUCUGCAUACUGUGCCGCAAACCAAAACUAAGUUUCACAGUGGCUUCAGUUUAUGUGUUUUUGCUAAAUAUUUGCACAAUUCUUGCUUAAAAGGAAAGUAAUGUAACUACAAAAUAUUCUGUCUUAUUUGAAAUAACUAGCAGUUAAUUGAGUGAUGUAUUCUCUAUUUUGGGCUUUUCUUAUUUACAUAUUUGUCAUGCUGUAUUUCUGUUGUAAAAUGAUUGGAUUAUGGGUCAAAAGUCAAAAAUCCCCAAUUAUCAGAAAAUGCAUGUAUCAAAUCACCAUCGUACCACAGGAAUGCAUUGACAUAUUGUCAGUCACAGAAUAAAUCAU